CUGUGCGCUACUGCGCCUGCGCCAUACGUGGUACCCAAAUCCUCCCAUUCCCGAACAGACAGGGAUCAAGGGAAGGAGAAAAUAACUGGACGAAGAAGACCAGAGGAACCGGAACAAUCCGGGAAAAAUAGAAAGAGAGCGAUAACAACCAUUACAAGUUACUAUUAUCCACCCUACUUUUUGUCGGUAAAGGAGAGGCGUAUGAAGAUGAACCAGUGCGUGCACGGGAUGAUAUAUCUGGCGGUUCUGGUGGCGUUCGCCGCCUGUGACGCCCCUCCGGUACCGUUAGAUGACAUCGUGAUUGAGAAAACUUUCGUGCCGGAGCAGUGCGUGCGCGCCGUGAAAGUAGGGGAUUAUGUCCGUUACCAUUAUAACGGCAUGUUCCCCGAUGGAAAGAAAUUUGACUCCAGGUAAGAAAGUUUUUAUUUUCCACUCUUCUCCACUCCUGUAGUUCCUGCAUGCUGUUGUCGUUGCAGAGAGUAGCGUGCACGUCAAUAAACUAAAGUGUGCGUUUUAUUAGCGGUCGGCCCAAACAGCCACGCAAGCAGAGCGAGAAAGAGAGCCCCCGUUCACUGAGAGAGGGAGAGAGAGAGAGAGACUGCCUGCAGUCUCCAAGUCUGAACUAAAUACUUACUGAAAAUAUAUUUAUAAUACAGAUAAAACAGUUAUAUUCUGCUACUAAAUACACUGGGUGAUAAUAUGUGGCCCGUUAACAUACUGCAAGGAUGUACACAUAUAGGCCUUCCUGUCCUGCUCUAGGGCGUGCACACACAGGUAGCCUAUAACCUACUGGUGUGUGAGUGUAUGUCACGCAUGGCCAGCAGAGUUAUCACGUAAAAAACAUUCAUUAAUGUAAACCCUUGGGCAGAAGGAGAAGGAGACCAGUAGGCCCAUUAGUUAAUGUGCGUGGCAGAACUGAGACGCAGUUGGCCAGUGUAGUAGGCUAGGCCUAGUGAUGCGGCAUGUUAACCACAGUCUCACCACAGCCAACCAAGUACUACUGUCUGGACAGAGAGAUACAUGACUGAAUGACAGAGUGAGUGAAUCAGUGAAGUGAGUGAGUGAAUGAAUACAUGAAUGAAUACAUUAAUGAAUGACGUUUUUUUCCUUGUUUCUUGUCUUUCUUUCUGUCUUAUUUUGGUUGAGAUGUUGGCAGCUCCCAUAAUGUGUGUGUAUUGCAGCUAUGAUCGCAGCAGCACCUACAAUGUGUAUGUGGGUAAGAAGCAGCUGAUUGAAGGGAUGGACAGAGCUCUGGUGGGUAUGUGUGUCAACGAGAGACGACUGGUCAAGAUCCCCCCACAACUGGCCUAUGGGAAGGAAGGAUACGGUAAGCUCAUAACAUAGUUUAUAACAUAGCUUAUAACAUGAAUAUACAGUUUAUAAUGGAGUUUUAGAUUAUAAUUGAGGUUUGGGAGCAAAGACAUCUCAACUCCUCCCCUAUAACCAAUCAAUAACUAUAUUAUACUUACCAGUUCUACCUGUAACCUGUGUGUUUUGCGUAUAACAUAAAAAUAGCUAAUAACAUAGUUUAUAACAUAGCCUGUAACAUAGCUUAUAACAUGGUUGUAUACAUUGUUGUCUCUUGUCUGUUUGAUUAAUAGCUCAGCUGCACAGGUAGCAGUGUGUGUGGGCGGUUGGAUCUGUGUGUGUUUGUGUGUUUGUAGGUCUGUGUGUGUGUGUGUAGAAGCUGGUGUUUACUGUUCUGAUGUGUUCAUAAACACCAAGCAUUAAUGCAAGCUUGAUAGGAAGUGGGUGGUCUAUGUUAAAUUAGGUCACAGUGACAUCACAGACCAGGAAGUGCUGCUUGUUAAUGUUACUGUACGCUGCAUGGUGGCCUGAUUUUUGACAUGAACAAACCCUUAUUGUAGACAGAUUAAUCUGUUGACCCUCUUGAACUGACACAUAGAGGUGAACUCUGCUUUAGUGUUGUAGGAGUGCCGUUCAUUCACAGUGAGACAGACAACACAGCCCAGACCUGUGGCUUUUUCGGCAUUACCCACAGUUACAUACACAGCAUUAGGAGUGUGUUUGUGCUUUAGUAUGUGUGUGUGUAUUAGUUUGUGUGUGUCAAAUCAAAUCAAAUCAAAUGUUAUUGGUCACAUGCGCCGAAUACAACAGGUGCAGACAUUACAGUGAAAUGCUUACUUACAGCCCUUAACCAACAGUGCAUUUAUUUUUAACAAAAAAAGUAAAAAUAAAACAACAACAAAAAAAAGUGUUGAGAAAAAAAGAGAAGUAAAAUAAAAUAACAGUAGGGAGGCUAUAUAUACAGGGGGGUACCGGUGCAGAGUCAAUGUGCGGGGGCACCGGCUAGUUGAGGUAGUUGAAGUAAUAUGUACAUGUGGGUAGAGUUAAAGUGACUAUGCAUAAAUAAUUAACAGAGUAGCAGCAGCGUAAAAAGGAUGGGGUGGGGGGGCAGUGCAAAUAGUCCGGGUAGCCAUGAUUAGCUGUUCAGGAGUCUUAUGGCUUGGGGGUAGAAGCUGUUGAGUAGUCUUUUGGACCUAGACUUGGCACUCCGGUACCGCUUGCCAUGCGGUAGCAGAGAGAACAGUCUAUGACUAGGGUGGCUGGAGUCUAUGACAAUUUUGAGGGCCUUCCUCAAAAUUUCAAAAAUAGUACUCCGAAUGCGUCAUCUAAUGCGUGAUGACGUUGACUCCCGCCAUUCUUUCAUUUUAGUACAGCGCGUCAAUUUAUCUAAUUAUCAGCUGUUGACAAACACCUGAGUCGGAAAAGACGAGUGAAUUCUACUAGAUCAAACACCGAAAUGAGUGUGUGUGUAUUAGUGUGUGUUAGUAUGAAUAAAGAGGUCACCAAGCAGACUGGUUGAUUUUACAUGAGGAGAGAUUAAAACAGGAAUGUGUGGCCUUACUUGGCAUGUAGAGACUGGUAAAGAGAGAGAGAGCAAGUGAGAUAGAGAGAGAGAAAGGAAGAGAGAAAGAGAGAGAGGGGGUGGCAUGUAUGGACAGAUAAAUGUAGGUGUCUACUUUAUAGAUUUGUAUGUGGAAAAGAGAGGGAGAAAGGAAGAGUGUGUCAGGGAGAUGGAGGGAGAAACAGGCCGUGUCCGAAUACCCAUACUAGCAUACUAAAAACAGAUAGUGUUAUAGUAUGUGAAAUUUCAAAAAUAGUACUCCGAAUGCGUCAUCUAAUGCGUGAUGGCGUUGACUCCCGCCAUUCUUUCCUUUUAGUACAGCACGUCAAUUUAUCUAAUUAUCAGUUGUUGACAAACACCUGAGUCGGAAAAGACGAGUGAAUUCUACUAGAUCAAACACCUAAAUGAGUAUGCAGUUUAAGUAUGUAGUACACUAGGAUGGGUUAUUCGGACAUGGCCACAGUCUCUGCCAGCAGAGAGUACAACUGCCAACUCACCAGUAUGGAUUUAAUCACAGCCACCCUCAACUUCCCUACCCCUCCUUCUCCCCUCCUCCCUUCCUCUUCCCCUCCUCUCAUCUUCCCUCCCUCAUGACAAUGUCUGUGGCCUAUAUGGUUUAUAAUCUCUGAUUAAUUGCCUUCUUCAAAGAGAUAAUUCCAUGUUCAUCUGUCUAGUCUAACAAUGAGAGAAAGAAAGUGGAGAGAGACAGGAUGAGAGAAUGAACGAGUGUAACUAAUGUCAUCCUCCCUUACUCCUCCAGGUGAUGUCAUCCCUUCAGACGCGAUCCUCCAUUUUGAUGUUCUGUUGUUGGACGUGUGGAACCCUGACGAUGGGGUUCAGAUUAAGACCUACUACACCCCUGAGAACUGCUCUAGGAAGGUAGAGGUGUCGGACUACGUACGUUACCAUUACAACGGAACACUGCUGGACGGAACAUUGUUCGACUCCAGGUGAGACAUGAGAUAAGUUGUCAAUGAACAAACCACAACUAACACACACUACACACUACUAACACACCACUACACAACAACACUACUAACACAAAACACUACAACAUACAACACACACACUCACAACACUAACUACACACACACUACACACUACUAAACCACACAACUACUAACACUAACACAACACUACAACACUACUAACACACAAACCACACACUAAACUACAACACCAAAUAACAACUACUACACACACUACACACAUACUAACACACACUAACACACUACAAACUACUAACACAACACUACACCUACUAACACAACACCACAUACAACUACUAACACACCACUACACACUACUAACACACACACACACUACUAACACACAAACACUAACACACAACACUACUAAACACACAAACACAAAAACUACUAACACACCACUAACUAACCCACACACAACACUAACACACACAACUAACACAACACAACACUACAACUAACAACACACACUACAACCACUACUAACACACACUACACACUAACUAACAACCAACUACAACACAAACACACAAAACUACUAACACACACACACUACUAACACACAACUACAACACUAACACAACACACACACUACAAACACACCUACUAACACACACUACACACUACUAACACACAACAAACAUAAACAACACUACUAAAACACACAACCUACAACUACUAACACACACUACACAUAACUACACACACAACACUAACACACACACAACAACACCACUACAACUACAACACACACACAUACACACACUAACACACAUCUACACAAACAACACUACACACACCACUAACACACACUACUAACACCACACUACACACUAACUAACACACUACACACAAUCCCCCACACUACUAACACCCACGACCACACACUACAACUAACACCUCCACUCUAACCACACUACAACAUAAACAACCCCCCACACCACACACUACACAACCUACACACUACUACACACCCUACACCCCUCCCCCCACUACAACACACUACAACACUAACACACACUAACACACUACUACUAACACACACUACCACACCUAUACUAACCACACACUACAACACUACUAACACACACUAAAAACAACACACCUACACACACUACUAACACACAUACACCCCUACUACACACCACACACCAAAACACACUACAACUAUAAACACAAUACACACUAAUAACACACACUACACACUACUAAGACAUCUACACACAGGGAGAGGGAUGAAGAGAGGCCCUGCAAGGAGGGAUGAUGAUAGAGGAGAGGAGGGUUACAUUUGGACGAUUUCCAAUGAAUAAAUGUCUGCUGUGUUUGUAGUCCUCUAAUAAGUAUUUUCUCAUUCUCUCCCCAUUUCCCUCCUCUCUCCCUUCACUCUCUUCCCCCUCUCCCUCUCCUGUAGCCACACCCGUAUGCGUACCUAUGACACCUACGUGGGGAUUGGCUGGCUGAUCGCUGGCAUGGAUCAGGGGCUUCUGGGCAUGUGUGUCGGGGAGAAACGCAUCAUCACCAUGCCCCCGUCGCUAGGAUACGGAUCAAACGGCGAUGGUUAGUAGGUGCUGGAGUUCUUUCUGAGUGUUAUCCCAGUCCAGGCCUCUCUAGUACUAUUGGACCAGAGAUGGCAUCAUCAGUGUAACCUUCUCUCCCUUGAUCCCUCUUUCCCUUGAUCUCUCUCUCUCUCUCUCUAGGUAGUGAUAUCCCUGGUAUUUGACAUGGUCCUACUGAACUUCCAUAACCCUAGAGAUGUAAUCAGUGUAUCCCUCCUAUCUAAUCUCUCCUCCCCUUCUUUCCAUCCAUCCCUCCAUCUCAUCCCUCUCUCCCUCUCUAGGUAGUGAUAUCCCACAGCAGGCCUCCCUGGUAUUUGAUGUAGUCCUCCUAGACCUCCAUAACCCUAAAGACGGCGUCAGUAUCACCAACCAGGACAUACCUCAACCCUGCCACAGGAAGAGUGUUGCUGGGGACUUCAUCAGAUACCACUAUAACGGAUCACUACUGGAUGGGACCUUCUUCGACUCCAGGUGAGGAAGAGAGAGACAGAGAGUGUGUGUGUGUGACUUCAUAAAUGUGUAUAUAAAAAAUGAUUCCUUAUGCCUUUGGGCAUUGUUUUCCCUUUAUCUGUAAUUCUUAUUUUGUCCUCAAGGUGGCAGUAGAACCGUAAACUAAACUAGAUAGACAAAUGAGUUUCUCUUGAUUUACUGAAUGAAUCCAAACAGUAAAAUAAAAAUGGCACUCUUAUCUUACUUGAAAACUAGUAAAUGUAAGUUCAGACUGAAUAGGGUGUAGAAUCUAGAAUCUAGAACUUAGAGUUAGAUUUAGAAAUGUCAAAUGAAGAAUUCCUGAGUAGGCAAAUGUUUUGUGUUGGCAGCUGUUUGUAACGUAUUUAAUUCUGUACAUAUGAUUAUUGUCCUCUGUUGUAUUCCACAGCUACUCCCGUAACCAUACAUAUGACACCUACGUGGGUAAGGGCUAUGUGAUUGGUGGGAUGGACGAGGGUCUGAUCGGAGUCUGCAUUGGAGAGAAAAGACGCAUCACUAUCCCACCUCACCUCGGAUACGGAGAGGAGGGCACAGGUAUGUUUAUAAAAUAGUGUGUUUGUGUGUGUGUGUGUGUGUGUGUGUGUGUGUGUGUGUGUUGAGGUUUUCAGUGUACCAUCGUUUAUAGAAAGGUGAUUUCAUCAUCUCUUCCUCUUUUUUCUCCCUUCCCUCCUCCUCCUCCUCUCCCCCACCAGGUACUAAGAUCCCAGGUUCUGCUGUCUUGGUGUUUGAUAUCCAUAUCAUAGAUUUCCACAACCCAUCAGACACAGUGGUGAUCACUACCAACUAUAAACCAGAGGUGUGUGAGAUGCUGGCUAAGAAAGGAGACUUUGUUAAAUACCACUACAACGCUUCGCUCAUGGAUGGAUCCUUCAUCGACUCCACGUGAGUAUGAAGACACACACACACACACACACACUUCUACACACGCACACACACACACACACACACUUCUACAGUGAGGAGAAUAAGUAUUUUAUACACUGCCGAUUUUGCAGGUUUUCCUACUUACAAAGCAUGUAGAGGUCUGUAAUUUUUAUCAUAGGUACACUUCAACUGUGAGAGACGGAAUCUAAAACAAAAAUCCAGAAAAUCACAUUGUAUGAUUUUUAAGUAAUGAAUUUGCAUUUUAUUGUAUGACAUAAGUAUUUGAUCACCUACCAACCAGUAAGAAUUCCGGCUCUCACAGACCUGUUAGUUUUUCUUUAAGAAGCCCUCCUGUUCUUCACUCAGACCUGCACAAGGCUGGGAUGGGCUACAGGACAAUAGGCAAGCAGCUUGGUGAGAAGGCAACAACUGUUGGCGCAAUUAUUAGAAAAUGGAAGAAGUUCAAGAUGACGGUCAAUCAACCUCGGUCUGGGGCUCCAUGCAAUAUCUCACCUCGUGGGGCAUCAAUGAUCAUGAGGAAGGUGAAGGAUCAGCCCAGAACUACACGGCAGGACCUGGUCAAUGAUCUGAAGAGAGCUGGGACCACAGUCUCAAAGAAAACCAUUAGUAACACACUACACCGUCAUGGAUUAAAAUCCUGCAGUGCACGCAAGGUCUCCCUGCUCAAGCCAGCGCAUGUCCAGGCCCGUCUGAAGUUCGCCAAUGACCAUCUGGAUGAUCCAGAGGAGGAAUGGGAGAAGGUCAUGUGGUCUGAUGAGACAAAAAUAGAGCUUUUUGGUCUAAACUCCACUCGCCGUGUUUGGAGGAGGAAGAAGGAUGAGUACAACCCCAAGAACACCAUCCCAACCGUGAAGCAUGGAGGUGGAAACAUCAUUCUUUGGGGAAGCUUUUCUGCAAAGGGGACAGGACGACUGCACUGUAUUGAGGGGAGGAUGGAUGGGGCCAUGUAUCGCGAGAUCUUGGCCAACAACCUCCUUCCCUCAGUAAGAGCAUUGAAGAUGGGUCGUGGCUGGGUCUUCCAGCAUGACAACGACCCGAAACACACAGCCAGGGCAACUAAGGAGUGGCUCUGUAAGAAGCAUCUCAAGGUCCUGGAGUGGCCUAGCCAGUCUCCAGACCAGAACCCAAUAGAAAAUCUUUGGAGGGAGCUGAAAGUCCGUAUUGCCCAGCGACAGCCCCGAAACCUGAAGGAUCUGGAGAAGGUCUGUAUGGAGGAGUGGGCCAAAAUCCCUGCUGCAGUGUGUGUAAACCUGGUCAAGACCUACAGGAAACGUAUGAUCUCUGUAAUUGCAAACAAAGGUUUCUGUACCAAAUAUUAAGUUCUGCUUUUCUGAUGUAUCAAAUACUUAUGUCAUGCAAUAAAAUGCAAAUUAAUUACUUAAUCAUACAAUGUGAUUUUCUGGAUUUUUGUUUUAGAUUCAGUCUCUCACAGUUGAAGUGUACCUAUGAUAAAAAUUACAGACCUCUACAUGCUUUGUAGGUAGGAACAACCUGCAAAAUCGGCAGUGUAUCAAAUACUUGUUCUCCCCCACUGUAACUAUUGCUCUCUCCAGGUAUAACUAUGGGAAGACGUAUAACAUUGUGCUGGGAGCCAACCAGGUGGUUCCAGGGAUGGAGGAGGGGCUGAAGGAGAUGUGUUGGAGAGAGAAGACACCUGGUCAUACCUCCUCAUCUGGGCUACGGAGAGAGGGGAGUGGGUGAGUUACACACACGCCCCACAUACAAACACACACACACAGACACAGACAGAGGCACAGACAAGCACACACACAAACUAGUGCACUAGCUGUUAUGAACCCAUUCACGUCCAAUGGUGUGUUAUAGAUGGUGAAGUGCCCGGCCAGUGCUGUCCUGAUCUUCGACAUUGAGAUGAUUGAGAUGGAGGCGGGACUUCCCGAUGGCUACAUGUUCAUCUGGAACGAGGACGUAUCAGCUGACCUCUUCACUGAGAUGGACGCCGACAAGGACCUACAGGUGUUGGCCUCAGAGGUACGCAUCACAGCUUAACCCUGCCCUCAGCUACACACUAAUAGACAUACACAUGACACUGUGGAUCCUCCUGCAUCUCACCUCCUCUCCUUCAUCUGCUCUGAUUGAAGACAACUGGACAGCGUAUGGCUGAAUCUCAGUAGUUCUUAAAUAGCCUCCUCUCAUUGUCUCUCUCCUUCAAUCUGCACUGAUCUAUAAACACAAGACAAGUGAAAGCAAAUAUGGUGGAAGAGAAGCCUACAGAAGGAAUGUUUUGUAUUUCACCCCUCCCAGGUUCAUUUCGAUCAGUUCAGGAAGAGAGGAGACAAUCAAGUUGAUUAACUGAGGCAACUGACUAACAAAUUCCCAAUUCUCCCUGCCUCUCUCUACACCGACCCACCCCUUUCCCUCCCUCCCUCCCUCCCUCCCCCAUCCCUCUGUCCAGUUCUCAGACUACAUCCUGCGUCAGGUGAAUGAGGGUAAAGGCCGUCUGGCACCUGGGUUCGACGCAUAUCGCAUCAUCGAGAACAUGUUUUCUAACCAGGACCGUAAUGGAGACGGAAAGAUCACAGAGGACGAGUUCAAACUGAAGGCCGACGAGACCACACACGACGAGCUAUAAGAGAGGAGCGGUGUGUGUGUGUAUGCGUGUGUAUGAGGGGGCUUAUAUGAUGGCAAUAUAAGACAAGGAGGGUGUGUGUGUGUGUGAGAGGAUUAUAUUGUUGGAGGGUGGCGGGGUGAGAUGGCACAGGGUCAGAUGUAUAGAAUUAGAGCUGGUCAGAUGUCUAGAGAAAACCAAAGAGUGAGUAUCAAAGGGUGCUUUAGUUAGCUUUGACCUGUCCAGUCUUCUGUGACCAGAAUAGUCUGGUGUUGGCAUGGGAGGGAAUGAGAGAGGAGAGUAGGAAAGCAUGAGGAAGAACAUUGAGGAAUGAGCAAUGUAAGAGCAUUGGGACAAAGUCCCACGUUUGUGUUAUUAGAGCAGUGUUUCAAAAC